GCCCCCCCUUUCCACUAUAUAUUCCACUUCUUUCCUCUCCACCCAUCCUCGCUACCCGAAGCCCUAGCGCCGAAGCCCUUACAUCUCUCCCUCGAUCGAUUUUGAGCGAAGCCAUGGCGGCCGAGACGGAGACCUUCGCUUUCCAGGCGGAGAUCAACCAACUCCUCAGCCUGAUCAUCAACACAUUCUAUUCCAACAAAGAGAUCUUUCUACGUGAGCUCAUCAGUAAUUCUUCCGAUGCGCUGGACAAGAUUCGAUUCGAGAGCCUCACGGAUAAGAGCAAGCUUGACGCCCAACCGGAGCUCUUCAUUCACAUCGUCCCCGAUAAGGCCACCAACACGUUGUCCAUUAUCGACAGUGGUAUUGGCAUGACAAAAUCCGAUCUUGUAAACAAUCUCGGUACCAUUGCUCGGUCAGGGACCAAGGAGUUCAUGGAGGCGCUGGCCGCUGGGGCCGACGUCAGUAUGAUCGGGCAGUUUGGAGUGGGGUUUUACUCUGCAUAUCUGGUAGCAGAGAGGGUCGUGGUGACCACGAAGCACAACGAUGAUGAACAGUACGUCUGGGAGUCACAGGCCGGGGGUUCGUUCACGGUUACCAGGGAUACCUCCGGGGAGAGCCUUGGAAGGGGGACAAAGAUCACCCUUUUCCUCAAGGAGGAUCAGUUGGAAUAUCUAGAGGAACGGCGCCUCAAGGACUUGAUCAAGAAGCACUCUGAAUUCAUUAGCUAUCCCAUUUCCCUGUGGACCGAGAAGACCACAGAGAAAGAAAUUUCAGAUGAUGAGGAUGAGGAGGACAAAAAAGAUACCGAGGAAGGCAAGGUGGAAGAUGUUGAUGAGGAGAAGGAAGAGAAAGAGAAGAAAAAGAAGAAGAUCAAGGAGGUUUCUCAUGAAUGGUCUUUGGUCAACAAACAGAAGCCUAUCUGGAUGAGGAAACCUGAAGAGAUCACAAAGGAAGAGUAUGCUGCCUUUUACAAGAGUCUCACUAAUGACUGGGAGGAGCACUUGGCUGUGAGACACUUCUCUGUAGAAGGCCAGCUUGAGUUUAAGGCCAUUCUUUUUGUGCCAAAGAGAGCUCCUUUUGAUCUCUUUGACACAAGGAAAAAGCUCAAUAACAUUAAGCUUUAUGUUCGUCGUGUCUUCAUUAUGGACAACUGUGAAGAAAUAAUUCCUGAAUACUUGAGCUUUGUCAAAGGGAUUGUGGACUCUGAAGACCUUCCCCUUAACAUUUCAAGAGAGAUGCUCCAGCAGAACAAGAUCCUCAAGGUCAUCCGCAAGAAUCUGGUCAAGAAAUGUAUUGAACUCUUCUUUGAGAUUGCUGAGAACAAGGAGGACUACAACAAGUUCUACGAGGCAUUCUCAAAGAAUCUCAAGCUUGGAAUCCAUGAAGAUUCUCAGAACAGGGCGAAGAUUGCAGAGUUGCUUAGAUUCCACUCCACCAAGAGUGGGGAUGAGCUGACUAGCCUCAAGGACUAUGUUACACGAAUGAAGGAGGGUCAGAAUGACAUUUACUACAUUACUGGUGAGAGCAAAAAGGCUGUGGAGAAUUCUCCCUUCCUUGAAAAGCUGAAGAAGAAGGGCUACGAGGUUCUUUUCAUGGUUGAUGCAAUUGAUGAAUAUGCUGUUGGUCAGCUGAAGGAGUUCGAGGGGAAGAAGCUGGUGUCUGCAACAAAGGAGGGGCUGAAGCUUGACGAGAGUGAGGAUGAGAAGAAGAGGAAGGAAACCCUGAAGGAGAAAUUCGAAGGGCUCUGCAAAGUCAUCAAAGAAGUAUUGGGUGACAAGGUGGAGAAAGUAGUGGUGUCUGAUCGUGUCGUCGACUCUCCCUGCUGUUUGGUCACUGGAGAGUAUGGAUGGACUGCCAACAUGGAGAGGAUAAUGAAGGCACAAGCUCUCAGGGACUCCAGCAUGGCUGGCUAUAUGUCUAGCAAGAAAACUAUGGAGAUCAACCCAGAGAAUCCCAUCAUGGAGGAGUUGAGGAAGCGAGCGGAUGCAGACAAGAACGACAAGUCAGUCAAGGACCUGACACUGCUGCUAUUCGAGACGGCUCUCCUCACAUCUGGUUUUAGCCUUGAUGAUCCCAAUACCUUUGGCAACAGGAUCCACCGCAUGCUGAAAUUAGGUCUCAGCAUCGACGAGGAUGAAAAGGUCGAAGACACUGACAUGCCGACGCUGGAGGAUGCUGAUGCAGAAGAGAGCAAGAUGGAGGAAGUCGACUAAUCUGGUCCAAACAUUGCCUCUUGAAUCCUUUGGCACUUCUUAACAGCUUAAGAGUCUCAUGGUGCUGUAGUUUGGUUCUUCAGGAAUUUGUUAAACCUUCUUUGCGCCUUAUGGCAAAGAGGUUCUUAUAUCUUCCACUUAUGCAUGCUUGGAUAACUUCUGUUAUUUUAUGUUAGAUCAGUCUAUGAUUUCACAAGUAGUUGAUUAAUUUGAAUGGCACAA